CUGAAAAUGAACUUUGAGCUCGAAGAGACAGUCCGAGCGUACGUGGCCCGCGCCGACGUGAUCCCAGGUCGCGACCACAGCGACGCGGUCGUCUCGGCCGUGCGCCUCUCGGGCGGCCUCGUGAACCACGUGUGGCGCGUCACCUUUGCCUCGGGCAGCACGGUCGUUCUCAAGCAAUUCCCGGCAACCGUCAAAUGGAACCCGAGCCUUCGACUGCCCACGCAGCGGUCCGAGGUCGAGCACUGCGCGCUCACGUGCAUGGAAGCCCAGUGCAAGGUGCGCGACGGCUGGUCGACGCCGUACCCGAUCUUCUAUGACCGAGAAGAGAGCGUCGUCAUCAUGUCGGACGCCGGCGAUGCGCACGUCACGCUCUUUGAUUUGCUGCGACACGACCACGGCGCACCACCAGCGCUAGACUUUGUGGCAGCCGCCGUCGCCGAGUUUGUGGCGAGUGUCCACGACGUGGUCGAGCCCAUGGCGCCGGCCGAGCACAUGUCGCCCAUUUUGAUCUCGCUCCACGAAGCUGCGCGUCCGUCGCUGGUCAAAGCUCUUGGCGAAGAGGAAGGCGCGGCGUGGUAUGCACGCAGUCUUGCCGCACGCAACGUGCUACAGCAAUGGAUCUUUGGCGAUCUCUGGCCAAGCAGCGUCCUCGUCGACGUGCUUGGACAAAGCGUGAGCGUCGUCGACUGGGAGUGCUGCCGCCUCGGGCAUGUGGGUAUGGACGUGGCGCAAAUGGCCGCGAACCUCCACCUCAUGACGCUUGGCACGCCAUUCCACAACGAAGAGUCCAAGGGUGUUUUAACCGCCUUUAUCGCAGCCACGCAAGCGUCCCGCGCCUUUGACAAGACGUUUGAUUACGCCGGCGCGUUCGUGGGGCAUGUCGCAAUGCUGGUGGUGUACCCGCAUUGGGAGCUGCCGAAUGGCGCCGACGAGGCCAUUGUACAAGCGGCGCGUGACGCUGAGGCGUUGUUUGCUGUCGUUGCUUGAGACUUUUGUACUCUAUUUUUGUCAAAUUUCAUACUAGUACUUGUACAUUCCAGCUUCUUCGUUCCA